AUGUCUUUAUACUCGAUACCAAAGAAAAAGCACACAGCUUUUGAUGACAAUUUCUUGACACCAAGGGACCCUGACACGAAAGACCGAAAAGCGUCAAAGAUAAGCGUUGAGGAAGUUGCGCGAGAAAAUAUGAAAGGUGACGAUACGAGAUCUUUGGAUAAAACCAAGGAGCUAAACACGACCUAUGUUAUCUCUGGCCUGUCAAAAAGCAGAGGCCAGACGAAUGGCACGCCCGCUCGGGGACGACUCGCCCUUCAGAGGAGGAAAACGGCUGCUAACGGCGACAAAACGAUGAGUGAAAACACUAUGGAAAUCACUCCGAACAGCACACCUGUAUCUGAGAAAACACUGACGUUGCAACGCCGAACCAGAACAGGUUCAAUUGACAAAAGCGCAAGUAAUGACAUCAGCAAAGCAGAGGGAUCGAGACAACGCUGGGUCAGCGGUACCGACUCUAAUCAGUCUAAAGUUCUCUCUGAAUCAAACCCCCGAACGCCAGGAAGUGCAGGUGUAUUGCGGUCAUUUAGUCUUAGGGACACCUCAUCUAAAAGUAAAUCAAGAGAAGCAGUUAACCUUUUAAACACCCCAGCUAAAGGAGUUGAAAGGUUUCCAUCUAGAUUUGUGCCAAAACAGCCAGCAACCCCGGGUAAAGUAGACGUGACAAAACCAGAGGACCAGACCAAAACUUUUUCAACACCCACGAGAAAGACUCCAUUCGAGAAAAUCAAGGCAAAGAAGGAUGCCUUUGAGAGGUUGGCUGGGAAAAAGGUCCCAAAAGUGGUGGCUGUAAAAACGGCAAGCCUAGAGAGGCCAAAUACGCACUUACAGGUGACUGUGGAGGCUGCAAAGCCUGGUUCAACUCACCAUUCUAACAAGUUUCCGCUCAGUAGUCAAGGAGCAAACGUGGCCUCGAAAUUUUCGCCAGCGCAGGUGAGAAAGAACUCAAUCCAUGGCGAUGUAUGCGUGGCGAGGUCCUCUACCCCUGCACCAGCAACCGCUGUCAAGACCGAGCCUUUGGUCCGAUCCAAACCGGAUAACCUGAAGAUGGAGAACAGUGCUGUGACAGUUGCGGUCCGAGUGAGGCCAUUCAACACCAGGUAAAACAUUAUUUAUGUAUCUGUUUGAUUUAAUUGAUUGUUCAUUGAAAUCGCAUUCAUCCAGCUCUAACUAAAUAUCUAUUGUUUGGGAUAAAUAUUGCUCCCUCUUAACUUUUAACUGAGUCCACAUCUCCAUACUAAUUUGCUUCUUUAUCUAUUAGGCCUAACUAAUCAGGGAUGUCAAAAAAAUGACACAAUAUUUGCCUUUCAGGGAGAAGACUGAGAAAGCAUCGCAGGUGAUCUUCAUGGAUAACCAGGAGACUGUUGUACACCAUCCAGACACCAAGCAGAGGCACUCCUUCACAUAUGACUUCUCCUUCUGCUCUGUUGAUAAAAGCGACCCUGGCUUUGCCAGCCAGCAGACGGUGUAUGAAAAACUGGCCAAGCCUCUUCUGGAGAGGGCCUUUGAGGGGUUCAACACCUGCCUGUUUGCUUACGGCCAAACUGGGUCGGGGAAGUCCUACACGUAAGUUAUUUUUCUCACUCUCUCUUUUCUCUUCACUCUCUCUCUCUCAUACACACACACACACACUAGCUGAUUUUGUGUUGUUCUCAUGAUUCUCCUUUGUGAAGUUAGUAAGUAAACUGUUGCAUCCAAAUGUGUACAAUUAUGUUGUUCUAUCCUUCUGCAGUAUGAUGGGUUUCGGGGAGGAGGCGGGGGUAACGCCAAGAUUCUGCGAGGAGCUCUUUUCUCGGCUGUCUGCAGUUGAAAAUCAGGAGGUGUUUAUUUUUAAUUCAUACCAAGAUGUACAUAUUGUUGAUUCUGACCAGUUGUCAUGUAAAGCAUUAGUUUUUUAGUUUAUUUGCCAUGUGUAAUGAAUACAUUCGAAAUCUUACUCACUCAAAGGCUCACAACAAUUUGGCUGUUGUAUAACAGGUCACAUGUCAUCUGGGGAUGAGCUACUUCGAGGUGUACAACGAGAAAAUCCAUGACUUGCUCGUCGUCAGGGAUGAACAAAACCACAAGAGGUUGCCUGUGAGUAGGACAAACUGCCUAAAGAUACCCCGUAGGCAAGAGGUUGCCUGUGAGUAGGACAAACUGCCUAAAGAUACCCCGUAGGAACAAAACCUAUGACAUUUUAAUCAAAUGGGUUUAUGAAUUAAUGUGUUCUGUGCCGAUUUUCAAAGCUAUUUUUUACUUACAUUCUACUAAAUGAUGUUAAUAAUGACAAUGCUCUGUGUUUCUAGCUGAGAGUGAGGGAACAUCCAGUCGACGGGCCUUACGUUGCUGAGCUUUCCACGUGAGCAAACCUUUCCAUUAAUAUCUAGUCAGGUGUAAUGAUGGAUUGCUAGUCUUAAGGAUUCACUCUGACUGUCUGUUUGCUUCAGGAACGUGGUGAGCUCCUAUGAGGACAUUCAGGUAAGGUGCUUUCUGAACACUGAUUUCUAGCUAACUCUUACCACUUUUGGACAUUUAGUAAAGCGACGACGUCAGUAUGUUGUGAAUUCACACUCUUCCCCUCUGUUUCCAGGGUUGGCUGGAGCUUGGGAACAAGCAGCGAGCCACUGCAGCCACAGGCAUGAACGACAAGAGCUCCCGAUCCCAUUCUGUCUUCACCCUGGUUAUGACCCAGACCAAGGUCAACCUCCCUGCCCUUUGUCUUUGUGUGUCUUUAUGUUAGCGUCACUGUCCAGUGCAUCUCUGCAAUCUGCUUGACUUAAACCUAUUUGGAGCAUCUGGCAUGGUUCUGUUUGCAUGCAUUUCAUUUAAGUCUGUGCAUUUCUUUUUCUGUUUGAGUACACACGCUUAAUUUGUGUGUGUGUGUGACCGUGUGUCUCUCUCUGUGUGUGUGUGUGUGUGUGUGUGUGUGUAGACGGAGUUUGUUGAGGGGGAAGAACAUGACCACAGGAUCACCAGCAGGAUCAACCUGGUGGACUUGGCCGGCAGCGAGCGUUGCUCCUCAGCCCCGACCAGCGGAGACCGCCUCAGGGUAAGCACCUUGCUGUUUUAGUCAUCCACAUUUUCAAUGUUUAUAGACACUGUGGUCGUGUCCCAAAUCUGUCUUGCCUACUACUUACUGAAAGGACGUACUGUGUACUAAUCAUACUACAUACCAUUUAGAACAGACUGUAUGCUGAAAGCAACCAAUAUCAACAUACUAGGUUUACCCGUAAUGAGAAUGCGUCUUCCUAUGCGGAAUUGUUGUUUCCCGCCAUUUGUUCCUCAAUAGUGUGCAGCCAAUUGUACUAGAUGAUGAAAAUAAAUAAAAUAAUGUAUGCACUCACUAACUGUAAGUCGCUCUGGAUAAGAGCGUCUGCUAAAUGACUAAAAUGUAAAUGAAGAGUCUUUGACUCGAUACACUACGUGACUUCCGUCUCGCUUCCGCAUUGUCUCCGUGCUGCUGUGCUGUUUGUUGCUACUUGGCUACCUGCCAAACUAUUCACGUUUUACUUUUAAUAAACGUUUAAUCAAUCUCUGUGUUCAACAAAUUUACCAACUUUUUAGUUUUGUCCUCACUCAUCUUUUUUCGUUAAACUUUUUCACCCCGGACGUUUUAUCCCGAGACAGAAGAGUCAUUUUCCUGUGCGUUUUAGCUGCCAACUUUACUUUAUUUUUCUUUUUUCCAUCGCAACUUUUUUCCCUUAUUCAACUUGUUCACUCCGGACGCUUUAUCUGGACAUGGUUCGUCAACAUCUUCAACAGCCGAAGCUAAGUAGUAACAUUAACAUGAUGUCUUCUAAUUGCAGUCGCUGUACUCAUAAUAUACAGGAGAACGAUCGCCUUACGGCGAGAAUAGCUGUGCUACAAGCCCAGCUUCAGACGCAAUCGUUAGGCAAGGGUAAUUUCAGUGUAGGAAAGGAAGAAACAGCGUCUGUGCCACCAGUAAGUACAGACAGUAACGUUAGUAUAAAUCCCCCCGCACAGUCCCCGCAGUCGGACAACUUUCUCAUGGCUUCUGGAGGGAAAUACUGUUGGAAUGCUCAACCGGUGUCGCUCAUUCAGCCGACAGAAACCUUCAACCGGUUUUCCCCAUUAUGUAGCGGGUCGGAGUCUGAGUCUGAGUCUUCUCUUGUCUCUACUCCUCCCGUUACGGGGUCUGAGACGCCGAAGGCUCCCACCAUUAGCUCUGACAAAUUGAAAACCCUAGUCAUUGGCGACUCCAUUACCCGCAGUAUUAGACUUAAAACGAAUCACCCAGCGAUCAUACACUGUUUACCAGGGGGCAGGGCUACCGACGUUAAGGCUAAUCUAAAGAUGGUGCUGGCUAAAGCUAAAACUGGCGAGUGUAGAGAGUAUAGAGAUAUUGUUAUCCACGUCGGCACCAACGAUGUUAGGAUGAAACAGUCAGAGGUCACCAAGUGCAACAUAGCUUCAGCGUGUAAAUCAGCUAGAAAGAUGUGUCGGCAUCGAGUAAUUGUCUCUGGCCCCCUCCCAGUUAGGGGAAGUGACGAGCUCUACAGCAGAGUCUCAGCACUCAAUCGCUGGUUGAAAACUGUUUUCUGCCCCUCCCAAAAGAUAACAUUUGUGGAUAAUUGGCCCUCUUUCUGGGACUCACCCACAAACAGGACCAAGCCUGACCUGCUGAGGAGUGACGGACUCCAUCCUAGCUGGAGGGGUGCUCUCCUCUUAUCUACCAACAUAGAUAGGGCUCUAACUCCUCUAGCCCCACAGUGAAAUAGGGUGCAGGCCAGGCAGCAGGCUGUUAGCCAACCUGCCAGCUUAGUGGAGUCUGCCAAUAGCAUAGUCAGUGUAGUCAGCUCAGCCAUACCCAUUGAGACUGUGUCUGUGCCUCGACCUAGGUUGGGCAAAACUAAACAUGGCGGUGUUCACCCUAGCAAUCUUAUUAGGAUAAAGACCUCCUCCAUUCCUGCCAUUAUUGAAAGAGAUCGUGAUACCUCACAUCUCAAAAUAGGGUUACUUAAUGUUAGAUCCCUCACUUCAAAGGCAGUCAUAGUCAAUGAACUAAUCACUGAUCAUAAUCUUGAUGUGAUUGGCCUGACUGAAACAUGGCUUAAGCCUGAUGAAUUUGCUGUGUUAAAUGAGGCCUCACCUCCUGGUUACACUAGUGACCAUAUUCCCCGUGCAUCCCGCAAAGGCGGAGGUGUUGCUAACAUUUACGAUAGCAAAUUUCAAUUUACAAAAAAAAAAAUGGCGUUUUCAUCUUUUGAGCUUCUAGUCAUGAAAUCUAUGCAGCCUACUCAAUCACUUUUUAUAGCUACUGUUUACAGGCCUCCUGGGCCAUAUACAGCGUUCCUCUCUGAGUUUCCUGAAUUCCUAUCAGACCUUGUAGUCAUAGCAGAUCAUAUUCUAAUUUUUGGUGAUUUUAAUAUUCACAUGGAGAAGUCCACAGACCCACUCCAAAAGUCUUUCGGAGCCAUCAUCGACUCAGUGGGUUUUGUCCAACAUGUCUCUGGACCUACUCACUGCCACAGUCAUACUCUGGACCUAGUUUUGUCCCAUGGAAUAAAUGUUGUAGAUCUUAAUGUUUUUCCACAAAAUCCUGGACUAUCGGACCACCAUUUUAUUACGUUUGCAAUCGCAACAAAUAAUCUGCUCAGACCCCAACCAAGGAGCAUCAAAAGUCGUGCUAUAAAUUCUCAGACAACACAAAAAUUCCUUGAUGCCCUUCCAGACUCCUUCUGCCUACCCAAGGACGUCAGAGGACAAAAAUCAGUUAACCACUUAACUGAGGAACUCAAUUUAACCUUGCGCAAUACCCUAGAUGCAGUUGCACCCCUAAAAACGAAAAACAUUUGUCAUAAGAAACUAGCUCCCUGGUAUACAGAAAAUACCCGAGCUUUGAAGCAAGCUUCCAGGAAAUUGGAACGGAAAUGGCGCCACACCAAACUGGAAGUCUUCCGACUAGCUUGGAAAGACAGUACCGUGCAGUACCGAAGAGCCCUCACUGCUGCUCGAUCAUCCUACUUUUCCAACUUAAUCGAGGAAAAUAAGAAUAAUCCAAAAUUUAUUUUUGAUACUGUUGCAAAGCUAACUAAAAAGCAGCAUUCCCCAAGAGAGGAUGGCUUUCACUUCAGCAGUAAUAAAUUCAUGAACUUCUUUGAGGAAAAGAUCAUGACCAUUAGAAAGCAAAUUACGGACUCCUCUUUGAAUCUGCGUAUUCCUCCAGGGCUUAGCUGUCCUGGAUCUGCACAGCUCUGCGAGGGCCUGGGAUCGGGAGAGACACUUAAGUGUUUUAGUACUAUAUCUCUUGACACAAUGAUGAAAAUAAUCAUGGCCUCUAAACCUUCAAGCUGCAUACUGGAUCCUAUUCCUACUAAACUGCUGAAGGAGCUGCUUCCUGUGCUUGGCCCUCCUAUGUUGAACAUAAUAAACAGCUCUCUAUCCACCGGAUGUGUACCAAACUCACUAAAAGUGGCAGUGAUAAAGCCUCUCUUGAAAAAGCCAAACCUUGACCCGGAAAAUAUAAAAAACUAUCGGCCUAUAUCGAAUCUUCCAUUCCUCUCAAAAAUUUUAGAAAAAGCUGUUGCGCAGCAACUCACUGCCUUUCUGAAGACAAACAAUGUAUACGAAAUGCUUCAGUCUGGUUUUAGACCCCAUCAUAGCACUGAGACUGCACUUGUGAAGGUGGUAAAUGACCUUUUAAUGGCGUCAGACCGAGGCUCUGCAUCUGUCCUCGUGCUACUAGACCUUAGUGCUGCCUUUGACACCAUCGAUCACCACAUUCUUUUGGAGAGACUGGAAACCCAAAUUGGUCUACACGGACAAGUUCUGGCCUGGUUUAGAUCUUACCUGUCGGAAAGAUAUCAGUUUGUCUCUGUGAAUGGUCUGUCCUCCGACAAAUCAACUGUACAUUUCGGUGUUCCUCAAGGUUCCGUUUUAGGACCACUAUUGUUUUCACUAUAUAUUUUACCUCUUGGGGAUGUUAUUCGAAAACAUAAUGUUAACUUUCACUGCUAUGCGGAUGACACACAGCUGUACAUUUCAAUGAAACAUGGUGAAGCCCCAAAAUUGCCCUCGCUAGAAGCCUGUGUUUCAGACAUAAGGAAGUGGAUGGCUGAAAACUUUCUACUUUUAAACUCGGACAAAACAGAGAUGCUUGUUCUAGGUCCCAAGAAACAAAGAGAUCUUCUGUUAAAUCUGACAAUUCAUCUUGAUGGUUGUAAAGUCGUCUCAAAUAAAACUGUGAAGGACCUCGGCGUUACUCUUGACCCUGAUCUCUCUUUUGACGAACAUAUCAAGACUGUUUCAAGGACAGCUUUUUUCCAUCUACGUAACAUUGCAAAAAUCAGAAAUUUUCUGUCCAAAAAUGAUGCAGAAAAAUUAAUCCAUGCAUUUGUUACUUCUAGGUUAGACUACUGCAAUGCUCUACUUUCUGGCUACCCGGAUAAAGCACUAAAUAAACUUCAGUUAGUGCUAAAUACGGCUGCUAGAAUCCUGACUAGAACCAAGAAAUUUGAUCAUAAUACUCCAGUGCUAGCUUCCCUACACUGGCUUCCUGUUAAGGCAAGGGCUGAUUUCAAGGUUUUACUGUUAACCUAUAAAGCGUUACAUGGGCUUGCUCCUACCUAUCUUUCCGAGUUGGUCCUGCCGUACAUACCAAUACGUACGCUACGGUCACAAGACGCAGGCCUCCUAAUUGUCCCUAGAAUUUCUAAGCAAACAGCGGGAGGCAGGGCUUUCUCCUAUAGAUCUCCAUUUUUAUGGAACAGUCUGCCUACCCAUGUGAGAGACGCAGACUCGGUCUCAACCUUUAAGUCUUUACUGAAGACUUAUCUCUUCAGUAGGUCAUAUGAUUGAGUGUAGUCUGGCCCAGGAGUGUGAAGGUGAACGGAAAGGCUCUGGAGCAACGAACAGCCCUUGCUGUCUCUGCCAGGCCGGUUCCCCUCUCCACUGGGGUUCUCUGCCUCUAACCCUGUUGCAGGGGCUGAGUCACUGGCUUGCUGGUGCUCUUUCAUGCCGUCCCUGGGAGGGGUGCGUCACUUGAGUGGGUUGAGUUACUGACGUGAUCUUCCUGUCUGGGUUGGCGCCCCCCCUUGGUUUGUGCUGUGGUGGAGACCUCUGUGGGCUAUACUCGGCCUUGUCUCAGGAUUGUAAGUUGGUGGUUGAGGAUAUCCCUCUAGUGGUGCGGGGGCUGUGCUUUGGCAGAGUGGGUGGGGUUAUAUCCUUCCUGUUUGGCCCUGUCCGGGGGUUUCUUCGGAUGGGGCCACAGUGUCUCCGGACCGCUCCUGUCUCAGCCUCCAGUAUUUAUGCUGCAGUAGUUUAUGUGUCGGGGGGCUGGGGUUAGUUGGUUAUACCUGGAGUACUUCUCCUGUCUUAUCCAGUGUCCUGUGUGAAUUUAAGUAUGCUCUCUCUAAUUCUCUCGUUCUCUCUUUCUCUCUGAGAACCUGAGCCCUAGGACCAUACGUCAGGACUACCGGGCAUGAUGACACCUUGCUGUCCCCAGUCCGCCUGGCCUUGCUGCUAUUCCAGUUUCAACUGUUCUGCCUGCGGUUACGAAACCCCUACCUGUCCCAGACCUGCUGUUUUCAACUCUUAAUGAUCGGCUAUGAAAAGCCAACUGAGAGACCUGAGCCCUAGGACCAUACGUCGGGACUACCGGCCGUGGUGACUCCUUGCUGUCCCCAGUCCGCCUGGCCUUGCUGCUAUUCCAGUUUCAACUGUUCUGCCUGCGGUUAUGGAACCCCUACCUGUCCCAGACCUGCUGUUUUCAACUCUUAAUGAUCGGCUUUGAAAAGCCAACUGAGAUUUAUUCCUGAUUAUUAUUUGACCAUGCUUGUCACUUAUGAACAUUUUUGAACAUCUUGGCAUGGUUCUGUUAUAAUCUUCACCCGGCACAGCCAGAAGAGGACUGGCCACCCCUCAUAGCCUGGUUCCUCUCUAGGUUUCUUCCUAGGUUUUCGCCUUUCUAGGGAGUUUUUCCUAGCCACCGUGCUUCUACACCUGCAUUACUAGCUGUUUGGGGUUUUAGGCUGGGUUUCUGUACAGCACUUCGAGAUAUUAGCUGAUGUAAGAAGGGCUAUAUAAAAUAAAAUUGAUUGAUUGAUUGAAAAUGAGUAUGACAUCCUGGCAUUUUAACAUACUACAAUUGUCUAAAUUUCACUUACUAUAAAACACUCUGCGCAUACCGACUCAGCCUACUAUUUAAAACGCAAGUACAGGUAUUCGGACAAGGCCACUGUCUGUGGACCUCAGAACAAUCUCGUCUGAUUAAAACUCCAAGUGCUAAAUGCUAUGGUUAUUGCUGGUAGAGAUGUGACCGAGUACACACCGUUGUCAUUUACAUUUUAGUCAUUUAGCAGACGCUCUUAUCCAGAGCGACUUACAGUUAGUGAAUACAUAUUUUUUUAUACUGGCCCCCCGUGGGAAUCGAACCCACAACCCUGGCGUUGCAAACGCCAUGCUCUAUCAACUGAGCUACAUCCCUGCCGGCCAUUCCCUCCCCUACCCUGGACGACGCUGGGCCAAUUGUGCGCCGCCCAUGAGUCUCCCGGUCGCGGCCGGCUGCGACAGAGCCUGUAUUCGAACCAGGAUCUCUAGUGGCACAGUUAGCACUGCGAUGCAGUGCCUUAGACCACUGCUCCACUUCCACAUAAUUCUUCACCUAACAUUUGUAUUUAUCUCACUACGUUGACAGGUAUUAACUUAGUCCCAGACAGCAUGUAUUUUUCAACUGCUGCACACCAAGUUCCCACUAUUAUAUGUCCUACGUUCAGAACCAUUCAAAAUGGAGAUACCCUGUUAUCUCUAUCAAAUCCAUGCAGCCUAACCGUAUACUAUUUCUCCGUCUGUAUCCCAGGAGUGUGCCAGCAUCAACAAGUCCCUGCUGAGCCUGGGGAAGGUGAUUUCUGCCCUGUCAGAGCAGGCCCGGACUAGGAGGAAGGUCUUCACCCCCUACAGGGAGGCUGUGCUCACAUGGUGAGUGAAAGAUGCAGUUAAAAAUGUGAUUUCCCCCCCCCCCCGUGUUUUUAUGUAUAUACAGUACCAGUCAAACGUUUGGACACACCUACUCAUUCAAGGGUUUUUCUGAUUUUUUUUUACUAUUUUCUACAUUGUGGAAUAAUAGUGAAGACAUCAAAACUAUGAAAUAACACAUAUGGAAUCAUGUAGUAACCAAAAAAGUGUUAAACAAAUCAAAAUAUAUUUGAGAUUCUUCAAAUAGCCACCUUUUGCCUUGAUGACAGCUUUGCACACUCUUGGCAUUCUCUCAACCAGCUUAACCUGGAAUGCUUUUCCAACAGUCUUGAAGGAGUUCCCACAUAUGCUGAGCACUUGUUGGCUGCUUUUCCUUCACUCUGCCGUCCGACUCAUCCCAAACCAUCUCAAUUGGGUUGAGGUCGGGGGAUUGUGGAGGCCAGGGCAUUUGAUGCAGCACUCUAUCACUCUCCUUCUUGGUCAGAUAGCCCUUACACAGCCUGGAGGUGUGUUGGGUCAUUGUCCUGUUGAAAAACAAAUGAUAGUCUCACUAAGCCCAAACCAGAUGGGAUGGUGUAUCACUGCAGAAUGCUGUGGUAGCCAUGCUGGUUAAGUGUGCCUUGAAUUCUAAAUAAAUCACAGACAGUGUCACCAGCAAAACACCCCCACACCAGAACUAUGUGAAGCACUUAUUUUGGCUUCAAUUUCUGAGGCUGGUAACUCUAAUGAACUUAUCCUCUGCAGCAGAGAUAACUCUGGGUCUUCCUUUCAUGUGGCGGUCCUCAUGAGAGCCAGUUUCAUCAUAGUCCUUGAUGGUUUUUGCGACUGCACUUGAAGAAACUUUCAAAGUUCUUGAAAUUUUCCGUAUUGACUGACCUUCAUGUCUUAAAGUAAUGAUGGACUGUCGUUUCUCUUUUCUUAUUUGAGCUGUUCUUGCCAUAAUAUGGACUUGGUCUUUUACCAAAUAGGGCUAUCUUCUGUAUACCACCCCUACCUUGUCACAACACAACUGAUUGGCUCAAACGCAUUAAGAAGGAAAUAAAUUCCAUAAAUUAACUUUUAAGAAGGCACAUCUGUUAAUUGAAAUGCAUUCCAGGUGACUACCUCAUGAAUCAGGUUGAGAGAAUGCCAAGAGUGUGCAAAGCUGUCAUCAAGGCAAAGGGUGGCUACUUUGAAGAAUCUCAAAUAUAAAAUAUAUUUUGAUUUGUUUAACAUUUUUUGGUUACUACAUGAUUCCAUAUGUGUUAUUUCAUAGUUUUGAUGUCUUCACUAUUAUUUUACAAUGUAAAAAUAAAGAAAAACCCUGGAAUGAGUAGGUCUGUCCAAACUUUUGACUGGUAGUGUAUAUAUCUAUCCACACAAAGCGUUCCAAGCCUCUCUGCCAAUAAUAGAUAGUUUUCCGUUUUCCCACUCAGACAGUCCUAGCAAAAUUCUUGCUUGAGAAAUUGCUCUUUGCUAAGAAAGAAGCUAUUUCUGUUUCUUUUUGACCAUUUGAAUUGAAAACAAUCACAGUAUGGUAGUUAUUUUUUUACCCAGAAAUGGUUUGAACCUUUUUCUUUGCCUGUUGGAGUUCAGCCUUUAUUUUGAAAUGUUUAAGUUGAAAAUUGUAUGAACAGUUUUUUUUUUUCUUCAGUCAAUCCUAUUUUGUGGCUUUUAGAAAAGGCUCACAGGGCUUGUUUUUCCACUGACCGCUGUCCCCCAGUGUUAGUAAUGAAGAUGAGAUGUUAACGAAGCAGACAGACAAUUGAAGUGUUGUGAGUUGAGUUAGCGUGUUCUACAGUAUUGUAUAGAUGGGGGGGACUGGGAAAGGCACCGCCCCACAUAAUGGUUUUUUUAGGAACAGUUUUUGUUAAACAUCCUCUUUAUAUCGGAUCGUCUUUCAACUUUCUCUAUAAAGCUAGGUUUGAAAUAACAUUGCGAGAGACGUUUGUGAAGUAAGAGUUUUGCGAAGUAAGUCCUUUUGUCGAGAGCUUAGCGGGAUACCUUUUUGUGUCUCCCCUUGUCCGAAUACCAUUUGUGUCGCCCCGUGUCCAGGCUGCUGAAGGAGAGCCUGGGCGGGAACUCCAAGACGGCCAUGAUCGCCACGCUGAGCCCGGCGGGCAGCAACGUGGAGGAGAGCCUGAGCACGCUGCGGUACGCCAAGCAGGCCCGCAUGAUCAUCAAUGUGGCCAAGGUCAACGAGGACACCAACGCCAGACUCAUCAGAGGUCAGCCCAACCUCCCUCGCCCUCCAUCAACCAAUCUCUCUUUCUCCUUAUCUUUUUCUCAUCCAUCCAUCACCAGGUUCAAUCAAUUCAACCUCUAACCUUGCCUUCGGGCCAUAUUUAUGCACUGUCACAUCAAGCCAGGGUUUCUCAACUGUCAUGAAGGUAUUAUUCAAAGGAGAUUGCUACGCCAUAUUUCCUGGUUUUUGGCACUAGGGGGAGCUCUUGCAAAGGCUUUAUUUGACAUGGGAAGGGGAAACAGUGCAGAGAUUGAGACCAUCUACCUUUUGUGGUUUAGCACCAUAUUAUGUGUAUUAAACAGAGGAGGCUGGUGGGAGGCACUAUAGGAGGACGGGCUCGUUGUAAUUGCUGGAAUGGAAUAAAUGGAACUAUCAAACAUAUGGAAACCAUGUUUGACUCCGUUGCAUUUAUUUCAGUCAUUACAAUGAGCACGUCCUCCUAUAGCUCCUCCCUCCAGCUUCCACUGGUAUCAAAGGGUAGGUUGCUGUUUGACAGUCAUACAUGUGAUGUAACAAAAGCUCAUACAAAAUGGCCCCUAACUUUUCUGUUUUAGCAGCAAUUUAACAAACUGUCAUUUGUGUGGGUCUUUUGUUACUAGAGCUGAAAGCUGAGGUAGAGAAGUUACGGGCGGCACAGAUGAGCUCCCAGGGCAUCAAGCCAGAGAAAAUGCUCCUCUUCCAGCAGGAGAUCGUGGCUCUGAAGAGCCAGCUAACGCAGCAGGAGAGAGAGAUGGCCGAGGCCCACAGGUGACCACCACAAAGCCUGCAUCUUUGGCACUUGUCCCAGAGAGGCUCUGUGAGCUAUGUAGCAAACAUGACAAACUGUUUUGGUUCAACUUGAAUUUGAUUCCUUUACCUCUUGUCAGAGCAUGGAGAGAGAAGCUGGAGCAGGCGGAGAAACGCAAACACGAGGAAACCAAAGAAUUACCGGUCAGCUUCUAACCUAACUAAAAAUGAACUUUAGCUUCAUAAUCACUGUUUCACUCUACUGUAUCAACCCACCUUCCACAUUCCUUUGGCAGAUUUCAGAAAAUCAUUUCCCUUCCUAUAUUCAUCUGCUUUUCAGAAAAUCAUUUCCCUUCCUAUAUUCAUCUGCUUUUCAGAAAAUCAUUUCCCUUCCUAUAUUCAUCUGCUUUUCAGAAAAUCAUUCCCCUUCCUAUAUUCAUCUGCUUCCCCCUCUUCUCCCCAUCAGAGAGCGGGCGUCACGUUUGCGGUGGACAACCGACUGCCCAAUCUUGUGAACCUGAACGAGGACCCGCAGCUGUCGGAGAUGCUGUUGUACAUGAUUAAGGAGGGACAGACCAAGGUCGGCCAGCACAAGUCGGAGUCCGCCCACGACAUCCAGCUGUCUGGGGCCCUUAUCGCCGACCGCCACUGGUAAGGAGGACUGACCCACCGCCACUCUGGUUUUAGAGGCCAAGCACCAUAGCCUCGUUUAGCCUUCUAAUGAGUCCUGGCUAUGUCCUGGCUUGUUUACGGGAAACACUCCUAAUACCAGUGUUCUUUUGUCAUUCUUGCAUGUUUCAGUUUUGUUAUGAACAUUUUCCUUUUCAGUGUCGUUUCCAAUGUAAACGGCGAAGUCCGCGUCACCCCCAUGGAAAACGCCAAGACCUUCGUCAACGGGAACCUGGUCUCUGACACCACAGUCCUGCAUCAUGUACGUAUUGUGUGUAAACAUGGGAUGAAUAAUACAAAAACACAAUAUUAGAAACCUGACUGUGAGCUCAAUCAUGAAUCACUCAUGUUUUGGGGGGGUUUCCAGGGCGACAGGGUGAUCCUGGGCGGAGACCACUACUUCCGCUUCAACCACCCGGCAGAGGUGCAGUCUGGGAAACGUGCGUCAUGCUGGACGGGCGCGGGCGAUGGCCAGAAGGACUUUGAGUUUGCCAAAAACGAGCUGCUCUCCGCUCAAAGAGCACAGUGAGUUGAUCACAAGAUUCAGAAAUGUGAUUAACUCAGAGUCCGAUUUGUAUUCUGUGGAAAGAUAUGUGGAUGCUCACAUUUAAUAAUGUGUGAUACUGAGAAAAAAAACGCCACUCAUUCUGAAACUUGUUAAUGCAACUAGACGUCCAUUUUGUUUCUAUCUAGACUGGAAGCGGAGAUCGAGGAGGCCCGUCUGAAGGCCAAAGAGGAGAUGAUGCGGGGCAUCCAGGUGGCCAAAGAGAUGGCCCAGAAGGAGUUGUCGGACCAGAAGGCUCGUUAUGAGAACAGGAUCAAAGCCCUGGAGAGAGAACUGGCACGUCAACUACGGCUUUACUGACAUGAAGGAAUAAUGUGUGAACGAAAACACUGACAAAUCUAGGCCGCUGACUCCAUGUUCACACCAGACCUUGUUUACUGUACAAUAGUGUCUUCACUGUCUGUAAAGGGAGUCAUCUGGUGUUACGGUGUAAUGUAAAGGUUACUGUAUUGUAUAAUGACUAGCUAAAUCAGUAUCGUAUCGCAAAAAUAUUAAAAGUAUAGCAUAUAUGUCAGUGUUGUAGACUAAUGUUUUCUGCUAACUUUUUUUCAGUUGAUGGCACAAGCACGUGGUUUGGUUGCACCAAUUUUUCGCUGCCGCUUGGAGAGAAUGACCUGACCUGUGUCCCUUAAUGUACCGGCAUUCCAUACACAACCAGGCUAAUAAUGACUGGCAUGAUUUGCCAGUGGCAAAACAGGCCAGUGCCAACUGAAAGCUACUGGCCCGAAUAAAAUGAACUGGCGGAUGAUGUGCGCAUCAUUUAAAAUGUUAUCUUUAAUUUGCGGGCUGAGCAAGUAGCCUAUAAUGAGCUACCCUCAUACACAAAUAAUUACCCUUUAACGUUACAAUGUCAUAUUUACAUUUAUUGUUUUGAGGGAAGAAAAAAAAAAAAACUUUGCGCAAUCUCAAAAAUAAAAGGGUGCUAUUGUUAGCGAUUUUGAACAGUCGGUCUACAGUUUACAGCCCUAUAAAAUCAGUUUUAUAUUUUGGUAAAUUCGGUUUUCCCGGUUUAGUUUGUUUUAGGUUUCAACGUUUUAAAAGUUUUUUUUUCAGGAUUUCACUCUCAAAAUCGGACUUGUUCAUGGAAAAACUACAAACAUUAGAACAUCCAAGUCCACAACAAUGCUUAAACCAAAUCAGGAGACCACUUUUGAAUUCUGGGAAAAUUCCCCCCACAUUUUGGGAGGGUGUAGUUAUCCUUUAAUUCAAUUUAGCACAGCAAGAUACCAUUGUUUGGCUAGCAGUGUUUUUGUACUGUACAAUGUAGAGUGUAGACUAAAUGUAAUGGCAGAGUUUGCAAAACAAAUGCCCUGCGAUUUACACAAAUGAUAUCAUGAUAUCAUUCUGCCAGGUAGGUUUACUUGGCAGUCAACAUAUAAUAGGGACGUUUUAGGGGGAAAGCCUGAAGAAAUGUUCAUUCAAACAGCAAAUGAUGACUGAAUUGUGCAUUGCAAAGAUUCAACCAAGACUUUGGAAUACCCAUUGCUGUUUGAAUAAAUCAUGAUAAUAAAAAAAAAAUGGUGAACCAAAAACUAACGUGACCAACUAAUAAAAAAAUUGGUGUCACACUGCCAAGUCAAAGGGUCGCAAAUGCGAGUGCUUUGGUCACAGUCUCAAACCCUGUAUGUAUUUGACCAAAGUCUGAUUAAUGAUGUGUAGCCUACUUGUCCUGCAUACUCAUUCGGUGUAAUAUUUUGGCGUGACGUCCACUACAUUUGAGUUAUUUCACUCUCCUUCCCCCAGGAGGAGGAGAGCGAGAGGAAGCGGCGUCGGGACAUGGACCAGCAGCAGGUAGCCUCCAAGAUGGAGGAGCUGCAGUCGGCCAAGGUGGAGCUGCAGCAAGAGGUGGACACGCACAAGACACGCCUCCGCCUCCACAUGGAGGCCCAGGCCACACGGCAGGCCAUGGCCGACCACGGUGUCCGGCAGGCCAAGGUGGUGGAGGCCCUCGAGGCAGAGAAGAGGAAGAUCGGCAAAGACCUCGAGGAGAUGCAGAGGAAACUGGCACUGAAAGGAAGCCGGACUCCGAAAAACGGUAAACCAUUUUUGGGGGAUUUUCAUCUUCUGGGUCGUAUUCACGAGAAAACGGUCAGAAAUGAGGAGGGACUACCUGAACUUGUCCAAUAAGAAACCCGUUUUUGUUGCAAAGUGUUUUCCGUUGCGACAGCGUGCACUAACGAAUACGAAUCAGGUGUGAAGUGUAUGAAUCAGAGAUUAGAUGUUAUUACAAUAAUAGGAGAGGCUUAACUUAUUGUGGUAGCUAACAAAUCACAUUUUAUUCCUCACAUGGUUCGUAAACAGCCGGUGUGGACUAGCAGUGAAAUGCUUACUUACCUGGCCCUUUCCAGCGUGGUCUGCGGUUGUGAGGCCGGUUGGAUGCACUGCCAAAUUCUCUAAAACGACGGCGGCGGCUUAUGGUAGAGAAAUGAACAUUACAUUCUCUGCCAACAGCUCUGGUGGACAUUCCUGCAAUCGGCAUGACAAUUGCAUACUCCCUCAAAACUUGAGACGUGUGGCAUUGUUGUGUGUCAAAACUGCACAUUUUAGUGGCCUUUUAUUGUCCUCAGCACAAGGUGCACCUGUGUAAUGAUCAUGCUGUUUAAUCAGCUUCUUCAUAUGCCACACCUGUCAGGUGGAUGGAUUAUCUUGGCAAAGGAGAAAUGCUCACUAACAGGGGAUGUAAACAUAUUUGUGCGCACAAAUUGAGAGAAAUAAGCUUUUUGUGCGCCUGGAAAAUGUCUGAUCUUUUAUUUCAGCUCAUGAAACAUGCGACCAACACUUUACAUGUUGGGUUUAUAUUUUUGUUCAGUAUAAUAGAUACACAAUGAGUAACAAUAACUUGGCUAUGUACAGUGGGGAACCAGUACAGAGUCGGUGUGCUGGGGUACGAGGUCAUUGAGGUAACAUUGUGUUGUGAUAAGAUUAAUCUUUCCAUUGCAUCACAACAUGGGUUUGGUGUUGUAGCUAGUUACAGUUCUGGUGACCUGUCUGUUUUCUCAGUCCCUCCUCAGUGGGAUGCCAUGAAGUUGUCUCUGAUGAUCGAGGAGGCCAACAAGAUCAGUGGCAAACUCAAGAAGGACACCGUUUUCAGAAGGUAUGUCUUCAUCUUUACAUCCCGUUGGAUAUGAAAUACUUUCGUUUUGCCAUAUAUUGAGAUGGAUCUACAGCAAGAUCUAGGAGGAAUUCUCACUCAAUAUCUCUUCCCUUAUCUUGGCUUACUUCCUCUUCAUAGCUUAACCUGGUUCCCUCUGUUUUUAGACACGAGGGGUCUGAGAAGAAGGGCGGAGAGGGAGAGCUGCAGGUCCAGGUCCAAAAUACCAUACUGGGCAUCUCCACCUUCUGGAGCCUGGAGAAGUUCCAGAGCAACCUGGCCGCCAUGAGGGAAGUCGACCAGGUCAGUAACAACCUGGCCCACCAUGAGGGAAGUCGACCAGGUCAGUAACAACCUGGCCGCCAUGAGGGAAGUCGACCAGGGCAGUAACAACCUGGCCCGCCAUGAGGGAAGUCGACCAGGUCAGUAACAACCUGGCCCACCAUGAGGGAAGUCGACCAGGGCAGUAACAACCUGGCCCGCCAUGAGGGAAGUCGACCAGGUCAGUAACAACCUGGCCCGCCAUGAGGGAAGUCGACCAGGUCAGUAACAACCUGGCCCGCCAUGAGGGAAGUCGACCAGGUCAGUAACAACCUGGCCGCCAUGAGGGAAGUCGACCAGGGCAGUAACAACCUGGCCGCCAUGAGGGAAGUCGACCAGGUCAGUAACAACCUGGCCCGCCAUGAGGGAAGUCGACCAGGGCAGUAACAACCUGGCCGCCAUGAGGGAAGUCGACCAGGUCAGUAACAACCUGGCCCGCCAUGAGGGAAGUCGACCAGGUCAGUAACAACCUGGCCCGCCAUGAGGGAAGUCGACCAGGGCAGUAACAACCUGGCCCGCCAUGAGGGAAGUCGACCAGGUCAGUAACAACCUGGCCCACCAUGAGGGAAGUCGACCAGGUCAGUAACAACCUGGCCCGCCAUGAGGGAAGUCGACCAGGGCAGUAACAACCUGGCCCGCCAUGAGGGAAGUCGACCAGGUCAGUAACAACCUGGCCCGCCAUGAGGGAAGUCGACCAGGUCAGUAACAACCUGGCCGCCAUGAGGGAAGUCGACCAGGGCAGUAACAACCUGGCCGCCAUGAGGGAAGUCGACCAGGUCAGUAACAACCUGGCCCGCCAUGAGGGAAGUCGACCAGGUCAGUAACAACCUGGCCCGCCAUGAGGGAAGUCGACCAGGGCAGUAACAACCUGGCCCGCCAUGAGGGAAGUCGACCAGGUCAGUAACAACCUGGCCCACCAUGAGGGAAGUCGACCAGGUCAGUAACAACCUGGCCCACCAUGAGGGAAGUCGACCAGGUCAGUAACAACCUGGCCCGCCAUGAGGGAAGUCGACCAGGUCAGUAACAACCUGGCCCGCCAUGAGGGAAGUCGACCAGGGCAGUAACAACCUGGCCGCCAUGAGGGAAGUCGACCAGGUCAGUAACAACCUGGCCCACCAUGAGGGAAGUCGACCAGGUCAGUAACAACCUGGCCCGCCAUGAGGGAAGUCGACCAGGGCAGUAACAACCUGGCCCGCCAUGAGGGAAGUCGACCAGGGCAGUAACGGUCGUUGUUCCAUAUCACUAAUACAUGUGUUGUCCAUCUGACUUUAGAGCUGUGUUUGGUGUGUUUAUUGAAAUGUGAAUGCCUGCUAUCUCAAUGAUGUUGCUUAGUUACAGUAAUCAUGUGUUUAUGAAGCCAUUUGGACAGCUGGUUAAUGUAGUUGGUAGUUAACAUACCGCUACCAGAUUGAUUUAGACUGCGUUCUCCGACCCUGUCCAUUUCACGUUCGCAGCAAGAAGAACAGUACGUCAGCCCUCUGUGGAGUUUGCCGGUGCUCUCCUAAUUUACAAAACGCUUGUUUAUGCAUAAAAGUGGGGCGUCGUCCGUUCCUGGCGUUUCUCAUUAAAGCUGAAUAAAUGAGACUGGGGUUAAUUUAAUUUCUUCUCCUUCCCCAGGGGGACCGCAUCACCUCUAAAGAUGACGACGUGUUUUACGAUCCCAAUGAUGAGUGGGAACAAGAUAUAUCUGCCUCCUCAACAGCCGCCUCCUUUUCACGCAGAAGGUCAUUUCUAGUUUGUCUCCUAAAUUCCCUACAUAGUGCACUACUGUUGAGGGUGCUGUUUGGGGACACAGGCCUAGUCUCUCCUCUUUUCAGUGACUCUAUCCUCCUUGAUUGACCUCCAACCCCUGCACAAAAAUUUGUCAGAAGUCGGAACGAAGUCGAAUAUGAUGAAUGUGGAAAUGAUUUUGAGCUCACUCGAGAUCGAAUAUGGAAAAUCAUGUGGAAUGCAUUUUUUUGAUAAUUUUUUUAAGCACUAGUAUUGAUAUUUCCACAGUUUUAUUGACUACUUGGCACGCCCUGGAAGUUCAGUGUGUCAUCUUUAUUCACCUCAAUGUGAAAUAACCGCACAAUCGAUAUUUCCCUCAUUUCUUCCCCCACCUCCUCAGUUUAAAAUGUCAUGCGUCGGCCAUGGUUAUGGGCCUGGUGCUGACGGAGAGGAAUCCAAAUGAAUCUCUCUGUGUCUCUCUGUCUCUGUGUGUGUGUGUGUCCCCUCUGCUCUGAAAAGAUAGGACAGUUGAAUGAAAGGUAGCUGAUGCGUGGUGCCUGUCACACAUGAAUUUGUUGCUGAUGACACAACAAUGCUUUAGAACGUUGGGAUCCAUUCCAAGAUGUGUUGUUUUGUUUGUUCCCUGUAGGAGCAGAAGCCUGUUGAAGAGCAGCAGGAUUUCAGGGCGUCUCUAUGAAAUCAGAGUGCACCCUAUUCAGGGCCUUCAUAACAGCAACUUCUCACAGUCCUCUGGUAAGUGUGUGUCUGAGUGAAGGACUUUUAGUCAUUAUUUUUUACCAGACUACCACAUAUAGGACGGUAUACCGUUAGGUGUUAGAAAUAGAGAGAUGGAGAUUCUGUUAUAUUUCACCUAACGAUUUUGCCCAACUUGUCCGUCUUUGUUCCAGGUCUGAUGGGUGUGGCCAAACCACCCUCUCUGCACCCCAGCUCGUCAGACUCUGCCCUGCCGGGGAUCUGCAAAGAUCUGAUUGGUCAGACGGUGGGCCAGCUGCGCCAGUGUCAUAGCCACGAGGAGAGCAUGGCAGACAGGCUGACCUCUGACCUCUACUGUGUGUACAUGGCCGUGACGACCAUCUCCGACCUGUAUAACGGCCUGGAUGAUGACAGUCAGGAGAACAGUAAGUCUGCAUCUCAAAAUGACCCUCUCGCGACUAGGGAUGGGCGUUUGACGUUAUUUCACGAUUCAAAUAAUACCAUUACAUUUUUGUUUACGCUAGAGAUCAGUUUUUUUUUUUUUGCAUGUGCUGCGUCUCAAUCCACUGUAUCUGCCAAUGACGGCCUUCCGCAUCUGCGGUGGCAGGUGGCGGAGCUACAGCUGUGUUUGUCAGACCAUGAGACAUCCUGAAAAUCAGUCUUCUCAUUAAAACAUCUGUAGGGUCCAAACGGUUUGCCUACAAACUAAUAUGACCCCUCUAUGGAAAGGUGAGACUCUCAUCAACACGUACAUGUCGGUUGUUUUGCUCUAGGUACUAGUUUAAAAAGAUGAAGUGAAGUGUAUAUACUGAGUGACAUAGACUGACCAGGUGAAAGCUAUGAUCCCUUAUUGAUGUCACUUGUUAAAUCCACUUCAAUCAGUGUAGAUGAAAGGGAGGUGAGAGGUUAAAGAAGGAGACAUGGAUUGUGUAUGUGUGCCAUUCAGAGGGUGAAUGGGCAAGACAAAAGAUUUAUGUGCCUUUGAACGGGGUAUGGUAGUAGGUGCCAGGCGCGCUGGUUUGAGUCAAGAACUGCAAUGCUGCUGGGUUUUUCACGCUCAACAGUUUUCUGUGUGUAUCAAGAAUGGUCCACCACCCAAAGGACAUCCAGCCAACUUGACACAACUGUGGGAAGCAUUGGUUUCAACAUGGGCCAGCAUCCCUUUGGAACACUUUCGACACCUUGUAGAGUCCAUGCCCCGACGAAUUGAGGCUGUUCUGAGGGCAAAAGGGGGUUGCAACUCAAUAUUAGGAAGGUGUUCUUAAUGUUUUGUACGCUGUGUAUAUGGAGGUAGUUUAGUGCCAAAAAGAGGUUAAAUCGUUUUUGUAAAAAAUUAUGUUUCCCAUGUAUAAAUCUGUAAUUUAAUGCAUUCCUAUAGGCUAAUUGCAGAAAAAACAAAUUCAAUGUUUCAUCAAAUAAUAACUAAAGGGGUCCUAAAAUUCAAAAUUAAAUAGCUAAAUGAUCCUUGGUAUGACCAUCUUAAAACAAUUCCAUAUGUUAGCUUAGUAGAAAACCAUACCCCACCCCCUCCAUCGCUGUACCCCGCUCAUACAAUAAUCUGUAAGGUCCCUCAGUCGAGUAGUGAAUUUAAUGCACAGGUUCCACCAGGGUGGUUUUCCAAUGCCUCAGAGGCACCGAUUGGUAGAUGGGUAAAAAAAAAAAAAAAAAGCAGACAUUGAAUAUCCCUUUGAGCAUGGUGAAGUUAUUAAUUACACUUUGGAUGAUGUAUCAAUACACCCAGUCACUAUAAAGAAUACAGGCGUCCUUCCUAACUCAGUUGCCGGAGAGGAAGGAAACCGCUCCGGGAUUUCACCAUGAGGCCUAUGGUGAAAAAUAUUUACAGUUUAAUGACUGUGAUAGGGGAAAGCUGAGGAUGGAUCAACAACAUUGUAGUUACUCCAUAAUACUAACCUAAAUGACAGAGUGAAAAGAAGGAAGCCUGUACAGAAUAAAAAUAUUCCAAAACAUGCAUCUUGUUUGCAACAAGGCACUAAAGUAAUACUGCAAAAAAUGUGGCAAAGAUAUUAAUUUUAUGCCCUGAAUACAAAGCUGAAUACUCUUCAUAUUUUCAAGCAUGGUGGCCAGUAUGAAAAAAGUAUGAAAAUGUAUGCACUCACUAACUGUAAGUCGCUCUGGAUAAGAGCGUCUGCUAAAUUACUAAAAUGUUAAUGUAAUGGUGGUGGCUGCAUCACGUUAUCGGUAUGCUUGUCAUCGAUAAGGACUCUUCUUUAAAUCUAUGGCAAGACUUGAAAAUGUCUGUCUAGCAAUGAUCAACAAUCAUCUUGACAGAGCUUGAAAAGUUUGUACAAAAUAAUUAUAGCAAAUAUUGUACAAUCCAGGUGUGCAAAGCGCAAAGAUUUACCCCAAAAAGACUCACAGCUGUAAUCGCUGCCAAAUGUGAUUCUAACAUGUAUUGACUCAGGUGGUUUAUACUUAUCUAAUCAAGAUAUAUUAGUUUUAUUUUUCAUUCAUUUAAAAACAUUUAUAAUAUUUAUUCCACUGACAUUAGGAUUUUUUUUUUAUAAAUUGUUGACAAAAUGACCAUUCAAUCCAUUUUAUCCCACUUCGUAAACAACAAUGUGUAAAAAGUCAAAAGGGUGGAAUACUUUCUGAAGGCACUGCUGUACACCUACAGUAUAGUGAAGUCUUUGUCCGUUCAUGACUCUCCAGAAAUAAUAAGUCAGGCCUAUAUGUUGUCCUCCUGAUACUUCAGACAAUGAGCAACAAUAUGCUGUGGGUGUUUUCUUGAAGAAUUCACAUUCUUGAAACAAUUCUACUGCGGACAAUGUUUUCCAUUACUACUACUAUGUGAAGCCCUGUUGCAGUGUUGUACUUUUAUCAAGCUCUGUUAAGUUAGAUGGGGAGUGGGGAUGAACAGCAAUCUUCAAGUCUUUCCACAGAUUUUCAAUGGGAUUCAUGUCUGGGCGUUGGCUGGGCCACUCAAACUUUCAAAUUCUUCUUCUGAAGCCAUUCCAGCGUUGCUUUGGCCGUAUGGUUGCGGUCAUUGUCCUGUUGGAACAUAAAUCUUCGCCCCAGUCUAAGGUAGUUUGCACUCUGAAGCAAGUUCGUAUCAAGGAAUUGCCUGUAUUUGGUUCCAUUCAUUGUUACCUCUAUCCUUACCAGUCUCCCAGUCUCUGCUGCUGAAAAGCUUCCAUGCUUCACGGUAGGGACGUUGUUAGACGGGUGACGAGCUCUGCCUGGUUUUCUCCAGACGUAGUGCUUUGCAUUCAGGCCAAAGAGUAAAUGUUUUGUCUCAUCAGACCACAGAAUAUUUUGCCUUUUAUGCUCCGAGUCUUUCACGUGCUGUCGUGCCUUUUUCUCAGGAGUGGCUUCUGUCUGGCCACUCUCCCAUAAAGUCCAGAUUGGUGAAGUGCUGUAGAGACUGUUGUCCUUCUGGCAGAUUAUCCCAUCUCAGCCAAGGAACUAUCAGAGUGGUCAUUGGGUUCUUGGUCACCUCCCUGACCAAGGUCCUUGUUGCCCAGUUUGGUCGGACGGCCAGCUCUAGUCAGAGUCUGGGUAGUUUCAUAUUUUUCCAUUUCCUAAUUAUGGAGACCACUGUGCUCUUGGAAACUUUCAACACUCUAGAAAUUGUUUCUAGGAGAUCUAUGGUCAGUUCCUUGAACUUCAUGGUAUGGUUUCUGCUCUGACAUGCACUGUCAACUGUGGGACCUUGUAUAGACAGGUGUGUUUCUUUCUAAAUCAUGUCCAAACAAUUGAAUUGGCCACAGGUGGACUCCAAGUUGUAGUGACAUCUCAAGGAUGAUAAAAGGAAAUUGGAUGCACCUGAGCUCAAUUUGGAGUGUCAUAGCAAAGGUGUGUGUGUGUGAACUUAUGCAAAUUAGAUAUGUAUGUAUUUCAUUCUCAAGUGUUCAAACGUUUCUAAAAACAUGUUUUCACUUUGUCAUGAUGAGGUAUUGUGUGUAGAUGGGUGAGAGGGGAAAAAACAUCUAUUUAAUCAAUUUUGAAUACUUUCUGAAGGCACUGAUUCUGCUUUUGCUCCCUGCCCAACAUAACAUAUUUGAAAUACUAAAUGUACGUUUUUAAUUUAUUCUGUCUGUUCCAGUGUUUGUGUUUGAGGCUAAGGCCCAGGGCCAGCUUGUGAAGGCCACGUCAGCCAUCCAGAGAGCUGUGUUCAUCACCAUGCAGUGGGUGGCCAGGGUCAAGCCCAGAACCGGAACGUUCCACACUAAUGCAGAGGAGCUCAAGACCCAAGUCAAGAGAAUGGGUGGUUACUUUCAGCUUCUCAUCCAGGUAAACAUCCUUGUUACAUUUUUGUAGUUUUUAAAUGUAUGUGUUUUGAUUCUUUGUAAAGCUACUGACAAUGUACUCUUGAAAUAGAGACUGUGAAACUAUCCUGGACAAAUACAGUCGUAUGAAAACGUUUGGGCACCCCUGACAAUUUCCAUGAUUUCCAUUUAUAAAUAAUUGGGUGUUUGGAUCAGCAAUUUCAUUUUGAUCUAUCAAAUAACUGAUGGACACAGUAAUAUUUUAGUAGUGAAAUUAGGUUUAUUGGAUUAACAGAAAACGUGCAAUAUGCAUCAAAACGAAAUUAGACAGGUGCAUAAAUUUGGGCACCCCAACAGAAAAAUUAUAAUAAUAAUAUGCCAUUUAGCAGACGCUUUUAUCCAAAGCGACUUACAGUCAUGCGUGCAUACAUUUUUUUUUUUUGUGUAUGGGUGGUCCCGGGGAUCGAACCCACUACCUUGGCGUUACAAGCGCCGUGCUCUACCAGCUGAGCUCUACCAGUAGAGCCUCCUUUUGCUAGAAUAACAGCCUCUAGACAUUUCCUAUAGCCUCUAAUGAGUGUCUGGAUGAAGGUAUUUUGGACCAUUCCUCCUUACAAAACAUCUCCACUUCAGUUAGGUUUGAUGGUUGCCGAGCAUGGACAGCCCGCUUCAAAUCAUCCCACAGAUUCUCCAGAACAUUGUACUUGUUCCUCUGCAUAAAUGCCCGGGUAGAUUUUGAGCAGUGUUUUGGGUCGUUGUCUUGUUGAAAUAUCCAGCCCCGGCGUAACUUCAACUUUGUGACUGAUUCUUCAACAUUAUUCCCAAGAAUCUGCUGAUAUUGAGUGGAAUCCAUGCGACCCUGAACUUCAACAAGAUUCCCAGUACCGGCACUGGCCACACAGCCCCACAGCAUGAUGGAACCCCCACCAAAUUUUACUGUGGGUAGCAAGUGUUUUUCUUGGAACGCUGUGUUCUUUUGCCGCCAUGCAUAACGCCCCUUGUUAUGACCAAAUAACUAAAUAUUUUUUUCAUCAGUCCACUGCACCUUAUUCCAAAAUGAAGCUGGCUUGUCCAAAUGUGCGUUAGCAUACCUCAAGCGACUCUGUUUGUGGCGUGUGUGCAGAAAAGGCUUCUUCCGCGUCACUCUCCCGUACAGCUUCUCCUUGUGCAAAGUGCGCUGAAUUGUUGAACGAUGCACAGUGACACCAUCUGUGGCAAGAUGAUGUUGUAGGUCUUUUGGAGGUGGUCUGUGGGCUGUUUUUGACCGUUCUCACCAUCCUUUGCCUUUUGCCUCUCCGAUGUUUUACUUGGCCUGCCACUUCUGGCCUUAACACGAACUGUGCCUGUGGUCUUCCAUUUCCUCACUAUGUUCCUCACAGUGGACACUGACAGCUUACAUCUCUGUGAUAGCUUUGUGUAGCCUUCCCCUAAACCAUAAUGUUGAACAAUCUUUGUUUUCAGGUCAUUUGAGAGUUGUUUUGAGGCCCCCAUGUUGCCACUCUUCAGAGGAGAGUCAAAGAGAACAACAACUUGCAGUUGGCCACCUUAAAUACCUUUUCUCAUGAUUGGAUGCACUUGUCUAUGAAGUUCAAGGCUUAAUGAGCUCACCAAACCAAUUGUGUGUUCCAAUUAAUCAGUGCUAAGUAGUUACAGGUAUUCAAAUCAACAGAAUGACAAGGGUGCCCACAUUUUUGCAUAGCCUAUUUUUCACAUCUGAUUUAAUUUCAUACAACUUAAUAUUGCUACACUAAAAAUCUUUGUCUGGACAAUACCCCAGGACUCAGCUUUUAUUAGAAAAUGAAUGGCAUGCCACUGUGACCAUUUUCUGUGAUGACAGAGUCAAUUAUUAUGCAGCCUCAGAGGGGUGCCCAAACUUUUACAUACGACUGUAGCUAUAGGUUGGAUAAAGUUUAUAUUGAAUAACGAUAGACAAAGGACUGUCACCCAUCGGAGCCUUUAAACUGUUCAAUACAGUAGCAGCUGGAUGUGAAUGUGUAACAUACAGAUGGAGCUAUGCACCAACAACAUUCAUACGCACCUACACUACCGUUCAAAAAGUUUUGGGUCACUUAGAAAUGUCCUUGUUUUCGAUAGAAAAAUAUUUUGUUUGUCCAUUAAAAUAACAUCAAAUUGAUCAGAAAUACAGUGUAGACAUUGUUAAUGUUGUAAAUGGCUAUUGUAGCUGGAAACGGCUGAUUUAAAAAAAGAAAAUUGAAUAUCUACAUAGGCGUACAGAGGCCCAUUAUCAGCAACCAUCAGUCCUGUGUUCCAAUGGCACGUUGUGUUUGCUAAUCCAAGUUGAUCAUUUUAAAAGGCUAAUUGAUCAUUAGAAAACCCUUUUGCAAUUAUGUUAGCACAGCUGAAAACUGUUGUGCUGAUUAAAGAAGCAAUAAAACUGGCCUUCUUGAGACUAGUUGAGUAUCUGAAGCAUCAGCAGUUGUGGGUUCGAUUACAGGCUCAAAAUGGCCAGAAACAAAGAACUGUCUUCUGAAACUCGUCAGUCUAUUCUUGUUCUGAGAAAUGAAGGCUAUUCCAUGCGAGAAAUUGCCAAGAAACUGAAGAUCUCGUACAACGCUGUGUACUACUCCCUUCACAGAACAGCGCAGACUGGCUCUAACCAGAAUAGAAAGAGGAGUGGGAGGCCCCAGUGCACAACUGAGCAAGAGGACAAAUACAUUAGUGUCUAGUUAGAGAAACAGACGCCUCACAGGUCCUCAACUGGCAGCUUCAUUAAAUAGUACCCGCAAAACACCAGUCUCAACGUCAACAGUGAAGGGCGGCAGGUAGGCAGGUAGCUUAGUCAUUAAGAGCGUUGUGCCAGUAACCGAAAGGUCGCUGGUUCUAAUCCCCGAGCUGACUAGGUGAAAAACCUGUCGAUGUGCCCUUGAGCAAGGCACUUAACCCUAAUUGCUCUGGAUAAGAGCGUCUGCUAAAUGACUAAAAUGUAAAUGUAAAAUGUGAAGAGGCGACUCCGGGAUGUACAGUACAACAUAUGCAUUGUUGACUGGUUUAGUGCAAAUAAUUUCAUGGUGAAUUACAGUAAAGAAAAUCUAGAAAGAGCUCGGUUUUUGUCCCAGUUAAACUGAAAAGACUCAAAGGCAGUACAAGGAAAAUCCUUUCCAGCUGAGUCAGUUUGACACCUUUACAACAUUCACCUUACUGGCACUUCAAAAUUCACAUCCGUGAUUGACAGGUUUUAGCUUUGAGCUGUUUGACUGCUCGUAUGGAAAUCUACAAGCGUAGGGGAAUUCUCAACCUUGAGUCUGAAGUCAAAUAUAUAUAUUCCUAUCCAGUACCAGCACUAAACAGAUUUUUUUUUUAACCUUCACCCCUCCUUUCACUCUACCAUAUUUAAGUCAUCAAAAAAAAAAAAAUUCACGUUUAUUUAUGUAUUCAUUCAAUUAUACUAUGGCUUCACAUUCACAAAUACUCAGAAUACAUUCAAAUAAAAAGACGGUUUAAUUAAUUAACCAAUUAUUGAAUGUCCAUUUCCCGUGUGGUCCCUAGGGCUGUGACUCUGAGAUCUCGUCCAUGGUGACCGAGGCCCACAGGAAGAGUAGUCAGUGUCUGGACACGGCCCUGCAGGUCAUCAGCCACCUGGCCGCGCUGACAGGCACCCAGCUACACGUGACAGAGCUGUGCGCCGAGGCCACGGGCAAGGUAACACUUCGAUACCACACCGGUCUCUCACUUACACUCACGCUCACUCUCUCCCGCGUUCACUCUCUCAUUCUCUCUCGCGCUCUCUCGCUCACUCACCCACCGUAUGCUGCCUUUCAUAAUGAUUGAAAUUGGGGGGGGGGGGGGGGGAGAGAUACUGGGCGUGAAGGCUGUGCUGUUUUGGUGGGAAUAGCAGGAAAUAACGAAGCAAUGAAAUUCUGUAUAACACUCACUGGCCAGAUUAUUAGGUACACCACCUCGUUCACCAAAAUGGAUCGCUCCUACAGACAGUGAGUCACGUGGCUUGCUAUAUAAAGCAGCCAUCGAGGCAUUCAGCUACUGUUCGAUUGAACGUUAGAAUGGGCAAAACGAGUGACCUAAGCGACUUUGAGCGCGGUAUGAUCGCUGUUGCGCCAGAUCCAGUAUCUCAGAAACGGCCGGCCUCCUGGGCUUUUCAUGACAGUGUCUAGGGUGAAUGGUGCGACAACCAAAAAAACAUCCAGUCAGCGGCAGUCCUGUGGGUGAAAACAGCUCGUUGAUGAGAGGUCGAGCUAACAGUCGGGCCACAAACAGAGAAAUAACGGCGCAGUACAACAAUGGUGUGCAGAACGGCACCUCGGAAAACAGAACUCGUCGAUCCUUGUCACGGAUGGGCUAUUGCAGCAGACGACCACACCGGGUUCCAUUCCUGUCAGCUAAAACAAGAAGAAGCGUCUCCAGUGGGCACGUGAUGAACAACACUGGAUAAUUGAGGAGUGGAAAAACGCCUGGAACAUGACAGCGAGUUCAGUUUACUUGAGUGGCCUGUGCAGUCCCCAGACCUCAACCCAAUAGAGCAUUUUAAGGAUGAGAUGGAACGGGCUGUUCGCAGCAUGAAUGUACCACCGUCCAAUCUGCAGCAACCUGCCUGAUGCCAUCAUGGACAUAUGUCCCUGUGGAACGUUUCCGACACCUUGCAGAAUGCCCUGAAUAACUAGUCGGGUGUACCUAAUAAACUGUCCGGUGAGCGUAUGUAGUUCUAUAUCGCUGCCUGGGUGCUCUACCACGUUGGUUUGUGGAGGGUCAAGAAAGCGGUCUCCCAAAGGUCGUGGUUUCACGCUGAUACCACCCUAAAAAUUGCUCGUAGAGGCUAGAACGGGCCAGAAAAGCUUUCAAGAGACAGAGGCCUACUGACUCUAUGAACACAAUAGGCCUAGUCGGUUGUUCAAGGUCCUUUUGUUAAAGGUUGUUGUCUCUCUCUCCCCAGCGGUCUGUGGUCCUGUCUCUGUUGGAGGGCACCUGUAAAGGGGUGCACUCUCUCCUGGAAGAGGGCCUGACUAUCUCCAAAGAGAUGCUGAGAGAUGCUCAGCUGUCCUACCCCAGGACUCUGGUACCUAGCCACCAUUUAGUGUUCUCUGUAUGACUUAUCUAUAGGAGUUGUGUUGAUCUACUUUGAGAGGGAUCAUUUGAGAUUUUGUCAUCAUUUAAAUGUAUUGUAAAAAAUAAUAAUUUUAAUGCCAUGAAUGGCAAGAAUGACUUGCAUAGGAGAUAAUAUUGCAAUGAUAUAUUCCGGAUUGUUUCUUCAGAAUGCCUCUGUUUUGUAUCUAUGUUCUAUGUAUCUUGUGUUUGUGGCAGGUUUUGCAGAGCCUCAAGUCGAAGAUGCUAGACCUGGCCUGCGCUCUCCAGAGCUACAUCCACUGCCAAAUGACGGUGAGCACUGAGCAACCAUCACAAACCCAACCAGCCUGUCAGUCCCUCCUUGACACGUGGUUAAACGCUUCAGAUUAAUAGCCCCUCCCACAGCCAGCCCAAUCCUAUCGGCAGCCUUAUCGCUGCAGCCUAGGCCAAUCGUUGGGCCAAUCGUUCAGGUAAUGGAUGUGUUGAAUGAAGUGCCAUCCAGUCACCUUUUUAAUGCGCUUGUUUGCCGUUAUCUGCUGCGCACAAACCAUCGCCUUUGGUGGCGUUGAUCAUCGGCUGCGCUAGAUGGAGUCCUUCCCACCCCGCCCCCAUUGUUGUCAAACAAAAGGGGUGGGACGGACAAAACCAGACAGAUGUUGAAUCUCCGUGGGCCUCUUCCAGAGAUGGGUAGAGCCAUGGUUUAGUUCGUUUGUUUUCAUGACCGUGAAACACGUGUUGAAAUUGUCACGUUUUGUUUUCUUUGCACCAUUGCGGUGAGACUAUAUUUGAUUGGAAUCAAAUGUUUCUGCACCACUGUAGUGUAUAGAGGAAGGGCUUUAACAGGUUUGUCCGAGGAAAUGGGUUAAUUCAUUAUCGUCUUUCCAUUGUUUUCCAUAUUGAAUGUAUUAUAGUACAGGGUUUUUUUUGGGAUCGAAAAUAGUCUUAGGAGCACGGUCGGCCCCGUUGGUGCGGCUAUUAGAAAAAUUAACAAAAUCAGAGGCCCCCAUCUUCAAAGUGUAGAUAUUUUUUAUUUUUUUAUUUUUUAUUUUAAGCCAAUUUCCUGCAAUUCUACAAAUUACACCAUGGAGCUGAGAGAAAAUGUUGCAGUUUUAAACCUAGUUUUCUCCAGUUCUAUGCAUUUUGCCAAACAUAAUAAACAUGAAUACUGCUAAAUUCAUUGUUUUGGGAAUUUUCCAUUUAAAUUCUCCUUGACUGUAUGGCUUUUAUCUUGGUGAUUUUGUUAGUUCUCCCAAAAAAUUCUACAUACAUGCAUAUAUCUAGUUUUAGUCAUUUAAGUUUACACUGAAAGUGUUUUUCCAUCCUGAUGUUUGACUUGGGCAGCCCGACCAAUGACAGAAAAAGCCUGUUUUUUGUGCAUUUGUAUGUUGGCUUGAUAAAAUGAAUUUUGUCCUAAAUGGACAAUAAAGUAAUCCCCUUGGAAAGGCACCAUAUUCCAAUGACAUCAACUGUAACGUGUGUGUGUGUGUGUGUGUGUGUGUGUGUGUGUGUGUGUGUGUGUGUGUGUGUGUGUGUGUGUGUGUGUGUGUGUGUGUGUGUGUGUGUGUGUGUGUGUGUGUGUGUGUGUGUGUGUGUGUGUGUGUGUGUGUGUGUGUGUGUGUGUGUGUGUGUGUGUGUGUGUGUGUGUGUGUGUGUGUGUGUGUGUGUGUGUGUGUGUGUGUGUAGGAGAAGGAUGAAGGCUUGGAGAGGAGCGGUGAGGACCCUGAUCUGUCACAGCUGCACAGAGUGACGAACACUGCGGCCAAACUGUUCCAGCUCAACCAGGCCCUCAGGCAGCUCCACUCUGCUCUCUCUCUGGCUUUCCCAGGUACUCACACAGUCUGGCCCUCAGGCAGCUCCACUCCGCUCUCGCUCUCUGGUUCUGAUCGGAGUAUGUGAGCCGAGUUGAGCGGUCAGAAAUCUCGCUCCAGUCCUUUCCAAACCGCUCCUCGCUCAAAGAAAAAAACUGCCGCUCCAAAUUCGCUCCAUUCAUUAAAAUCACAAUUUAACCAACAGCCAUCUAUUUUUGUGACUACCUGGACCUACCAUUUGGUUAUGAAGUGUUGAAACCAAACCAUAUGAUUUUAAUUUAAAGUAUUUUAAUAAACAACAUUAAAAGGUGACUGUAAGAAGCGCUCAUCAUUUCAAAUAGGCUACAUGUCGUAUUAAACAGAAUAUAAACACUCUUAAUAGGUCAGGAGCCAGACAGGGAGCCUAAUGAAUGAAUUAGGCUAUAUUAUAAGCGUAUUAUUUCAAGGCUUUAGCCUACAAAGUAAUACAUUGUGAAGCAUUAGCGAGUGCAACACGCUAGUCUGGCAGGGACAUAAAGGGCUCAGCAGUUAAACUGUUUUUAUUAAACCAUUUAUAGUCUAUAAAUUGGGCAUAUGAAAAUGAAACUUAAAAAUCACUUAUGCGCUGUGCUUUUGAAUUCCAUUUUUAGAAAUGCGAGUUUGGCCAGUCUGUGGCUUCAGGCUCAUGCGAUGGUGCCUGGAGAUCAGGCCAGCAGCGGAGAAUAUCCUCUCCAUGGUGCCUGGAGAUCAGGCCAGCAGCGGAGAAUAUCCUCUCCACACUUGCAGAGCCACUGGGGAUUCUAAACACCCUUCGGGCCACUCUUUCCAGGCUGGGCAGGGAUGCGGAGUUGUAUUUAGAUUUUUCUAUAGCUAAAGUAAGGGGCUAUAGCAGCACACAUGAAAUUUGGAGCGGGGCGAGCCUUUGGGAAACACUUCAGUCAAAUACUCUGGUUCUGAUCCAGUCAGGCUAUCAGGCAGCUCCGCUCUGCUCUCUCCCUCCGAGGUACUCACACAGUCUGACCGAGGAGAAAAGAGGCCACAGUUUCCUCCAGUAUUACCCCCAAAACAUAAAGGCCAUUGUCUAAGAUGGAACUGACCUCCUAAAUGCUUUAUUUUCCUUAUUCCGUUGUGACUUCUACCUAUGUGCUGGAUAGGUUUGAGCAGUAUAGUGGAAUUGUAUGCAGUUCUUUUUAUCAACCAGUAAUCAUCAAGAGAAGGAGACAGGAGGAUGAAGGUUAUGUGGUCUAUGAAAUUAAAUGACCAGUAAGUUGGAUGCGUGUGUGUGUGUGUGUGUGUGUGUGUAAUAUAUACAUUUCCUGUGCCCAGGUAAAAGCAGUGACUCCAGCCUCGGUGCCUGCCGAGAAGCGGUCUUCUCCUCGUCCGAGACCAUCGACGGGGUCAUCAACAGCCUCCCCAGGGGCGUCACGCGGUCGGCUACCACAAACCUCAGCCUCCAUCUGCCCUGCCUGCAGACCGUCGUGGCGGCCCGGGAUGAGCUCCACUCUGCCCUGCAGUCCCUGCGUAACGCCUUCAACCCCCAGGGCCAUGAGGAUGACAAGAGGGGGUCUUCUGGAUCAGAGAAGAGCUUAGUGGAAUGGGGUCUGGUGAAGGAGUGGCCCCUGGUGGCUUCCGCCAUGGAAAGGAACAGAGGAGCCCCUAAGAUUGUUUAUUCUCUGUCUUCAGGGGUGUCUUCGUCUAAUGGUGACGUGUGUUGGGUUUGAUGGGCAUUGCGUUUGAUGCACAGGCGCGAUGAGCUGAUCUGGGUCGUGUUCAGUAGGCUUGAAACUGCAGAAAAACUGGGAAAUGGGGAGGUAGUGUGAUCUGAACUUGUCCAAUAAGGAACACUUGUUUUUGGUUUCUGUUGCAAAACAUUUUGCUAAGGUAUGCCCUAAUGAACAUGACCCAGAUGAUGAAAGAACCGACAGUGAGAAUGUUUAUGUCAAAGGUCCAUCCAAUUGCACUAAAACCUGAGGUUUGCUUUAUUUUGGCCAGUAGAGAUUUCAUUAGAUUUGAAAGUACUUGGUAUUUGGUAGCUGAAUUGUACAGCAGUGGAUUUGUUUGCUAUUUGGGUUAGAUCUUCUCAUUCUUGGUUCCUUUUAUGUGGAACGUCUGUUUUUCAUAUUGUUGCAUUAAUACAUAUGUAGGUGAAGGCACAACAGCUUACUGUAGCUCACUCAAAGCUGUUAGAGGUCACGUGUACAUCACAAGCUAUACAUCCGAGGUUUCAUCAGUGCAUCAAUUAUAUUCACUCAACCUUGCACAAAGUCAUUUCCAUUUUUGGCUUCUCAUUCAUGACACUUUUUUUUCUCUCUUGGUAAAGAUUUUAAUUUUGAUACCUCACAAUUGUGGUCCUCUGUAGCUCAAUUGGUAGAGCACGGCGCUUGUAACGCCAGGGUAGUGGGUUCGAUCCCCGGGACCACCAAUACGUAAAAAUUUAUGCACACACGACUGUAAGUCGCUUUGGAUAAAAGCGUCUGCUAAAUGGCAUAUUAAAUUAUUAUUUAUCAUGUAACAUUACAAGUGAGGACAAUAAAUGAAUAUUUCUCGACUUGUGUUUAUCUUUUUCUUAUGGUCUCCAUAAAUGUGUGGAUAUGUGUGCUAGAGUAUUGAGUAAAGCUCAUUAUGUCUCGAGCACUAGAAACAGUCCGUCACUCUUCUCUCCCGCGCUCAGGUGCUGCGUCAUAA